AUGAGCCCCCUGUUUUCUCAAACUUUGGAUCAAGACUGGUUAUUUUAUAAUGUAAGAAUAGGUACUCAAGGAGAACCCGUUCAUCCAUUCCCAUUGUUGGAAACCACUGUUAAACCUGAUAACAGGAGUCCUCGGAAAUUUAAUUUUCCAACAAAGAUGGAGGAGGCGUUUUCACCGGUUGGGAUGAUCUUAACUCUAUACAGGCUCGGGAGACUUCGGUCAUCUGAAAUCAUGGUUGACUAUGUGACCCAAAUCAUAAACAAGGCCAACUCAGCCUUUGUCGGGAAGCCUUGGAGUGCAAAGCCUCAACUUAAUGCCAAUUCAUUGACCUGCUCAUCAUGGUGGAACAAUAAAGACUUUAAAAGAGCAGUUGCAGCCUAUGAUAUGUUUUUUUUUUUAAAUUCCCCUCAAGUCCAUUCUCUGCCCUUAGAUUUUGGAUCCUUGGUAACUUCCAAUGAAGACUGUGUUCUAGUGACUUUGAUUAGCUAUGUCCCGAGGGCCCUGCAUCUUCAGGUCAAAAGCGACAUCGUGACACUAAUUUUUGAGCCAAGAGCGGUAGACGAAAUGACCAAGAUGUUUUCCCAAGAGGAAGAAAUCAGCCAGUUGGAUUCCUAUUUUUCUUAUGGAAAGGCUAUGAGCAUCAUUGACCGAUCGUAUUUUUCUGCGACUUGUAACCCUCACCUAUACACCUACCUGGAUGGACUGUUCAUAGGCAGAAAGGACAAGACGGGUCUAAAUGCUAACAAGUUGGAAGGAAUAGGACAUUCAGAUGUUUUAAAUUUGGCCUUCUUUGUUUCUUAUGCCUUAUGGGACAGAUCGGAUUAUUGUCAGGAGAUCAUCCCCUAUAGGGGAAGGUUCAAAGUCUGA